GACCAAACGUGCAUUUUGGAACCCAAACACUUAUUUUGAAGACAAACAGACUCGUCGUAGCUACAAAAUGAAUGUGUCAGCGAAUGAAGAGAAGAUGUUGACUCUGCAAAAACAAGUCAGGGAGAGUCAAGCGGACUUAGGCGAUUUUCUUCGGGAUAUGGACAAAUGGGAAAAGGACGUGAAGAAAAAAGAUGAAAUGCUUAAGAAGGGGAAAAAUCUAGAACAGCCUAAACUUCCACCAGUGAGAAAUAGUUUGGACAAGAAAAAAAGAAAAAAGAAAGUAAAAUCUGGAGAAGACCAGAAAAAAGGAAAAGAGAAGAAAAAACUCAGUGGCUAUGAUUUCAGAGCUUGGGACAAACUUGAUUAUGACAAGCUUUGUGAUGAAGCAGAUGAUGAAAAACAGUCUGCAGAAUCAUCUGAAUAUGAGACAGAUGAAGAGUGGGAGGUUGAAAGGAAAAAACAACAAGCUAUUCUUGAAAAGGACAGGGGUAAUGAGUUUUUCAAGAAAGAAGACUAUGCUAAUGCGAUUGAGGCCUAUAGUCGUGGGAUGCUCCUUGAUGCCUGUAACCCACUCCUUCCAGCCAACAGGGCCAUGGCACUUCUGAAACAAGAUAAGUUUGCCUCAGCAGAAACUGACUGUCUGACAGCACUAGCACUGGACCCUCUGUAUACCAAGGCUCAUCUGAGACUCGGCUCCGCCAGGAUUGGUCUAAAAAAAUAUGCACAGGCCAAGGAAACAUUUGAGAAGGUUUUAUUAUUGGAACCCGAGAAUAAAAAAGCCAAGUUAGAAAUUGAGAAGAUAGAAAAGGAGAUCCUGAAGGAAAAGAUGGUGAGUCAGGUACAAACAGUGACUACACCUGAUGCUGGUCUGGUCAGGCCCAUCUCUAAACCACCACACGAACGCUCCCAGAAACGGUUGAGGAGGAUACACAUUGAAGAGGUAGGGAUGGAGGAGGACUUGGAGAGAAGGUCUGCCAUUCACAAAGUCAAGGAAGGACAGAGUGAAGCAAAAAAAAUCAUCACCGCAAGGGAUGAAGUCAUGUUUGACAAAUUUACCUCAAGCAACCCAACUCCUGUUGAAGAACAUUCUAGCCUCAUUCAAUCUGUGUCCCCAAGUCCUGACAACAAGAGUAGUACUGUUAUGAUUGAAGAGUUAACAAACAAUACUAAUGAUCUUUCUCUGGAUUUAUCAGAAAAAGUGAAAAUGGAGAAAACUGCUGAGAAGACAUCUCAGAAAGUUAAUUCUGCUGAUAGUCCCCGUGACAGAGGAAGUGAAUCUGUGUCACCAAGAGGCUUGCAAACACCACAAUCUUCUUUCCAGUUCCAGUCAGGAUACAAAAUGUUGAAAAAUGACCUGGAACAGUUCUACAUGUAUAUUAAGCCAAUUGAUCCAAGCAGCUACUUUAAUUUGUUUGGUGAAGCCUUAGAUGCUGAAAUUUUACUCAAGAUGUUAACAGUAUUUCAACAGUAUUUUCUCCGUGAUGGUAUCAAUGUGUAUCCUCACCUAUGUCACCUCUGUGGUGUUAAACGGUUUGACAUGACUGUCAUGUUUUUCUCUCGGAAGGACCAACAAGUUAUAAAAGAAUUGUUUGAGAGUGUAAAGAAGGGAGGAUAUGCUUCUGAUGCAGACAUUGAAAAACUGAAGAAGAAAUACCAAGUGAGCUGACCCACUACCUAUUGAUGGAAGGAUGUCAGAUCUAGUUCAUACAUCACCUUUCUGUGAUAACUGGAAUUGUUUAUGUUUCAUGCAAGAGAACAAAUUAUUGUUCAUUUUAUUUGCAUUGAAAUAUCCGUGUUCAAAUUUAUUCUUUUAGAGUUUAUCGCAUUGUUAAUAGUUCCUGCCAUUUGCAUUCCAUCUCUCAGUCUCUCAGUUUGGCAGAUGCUAUAUUAUAUCACUUUUCUAGACGUUGAGUGGCCUACCUGGGAAUGGCCAUGGACUAGACUGACCAGUAACAUGAUUAGCUUUAUUGAGGUAUGGCCCCUUGUCCACUGUAAAGCACAUUUUUAAGGGCAUCACACUUACAUUUUAUCACUUACAGGGCACCUGGUACCAAUCUGAUUUUCCUCCUGGUAUUUCUGUUUCAUUAAACUUUUAGAACCACUACACACCUCUAUCUUGAUCAGCAAAGUAAUGCUAUUAAAAAAAAAAGCAAAAAUAUUUUUUCAAGAGUGCCAUUAUGACCCAACCUUCUAGAAUUAUAGCCCUUUGUUUACUUAGGAGAACUAAGUUUAUGAUGUAGGGUGGUGGAGAUUGGUGGAAGGAGGAAAUGGAGUGUUUUGGAUACCUGCAGCAGUUAGUCUCAGUUUUGUAAGGCCAAAUGAAAAGCACUUCUGUUUCUAUUAACCUUAUCUAUGCUAUUUUUUGUGACAAACUUUUCAAGGCAAUUUGAAAGAAGCAUUUUUGAAGUCAAGAUCUAUCCAAUAUACCAGGUAAACCACAUAAAAUUAUUUGUUAGAAUAAAAAAUUUGCCCAUCUACCUACCCUUAAUUUUUCUAACAAGUCACUAGAAACACAUACAUCUUUUUGCAUUACCUAAUGUUAAUCAAUAUAAAAAAUAUUGAAAAGGAACAUUCAAUUAAUAAGGAAAUGACAAGUUCUGUGGAGUCUACAAAUCUCAUAUGCAAUCAACAUUUAUGUGUUUGGAGUGGAGAUUGGGACAUGGAAUUGGAUAUUAUUCAAUGUGAUAUAUGGACAUAACUUUCCUGACAUCAUAAUAUUAUGCUGUUUGUAUUUUGUCAUAAUAAAACCUAUUGAAACUUGU